AUGGACGAAACCAGUGACGAGGAGGAGGGUACAUCGGAAACGGCGGCCCGGAAUUCGUCCGGCUUGUCUGGAAGAGCUAGUUCGGCCCUUUUCAACCCCAGUGGCUUAGUUCUGGACCCCGCCACGACGGAUGACGCGCGGGACAUGUCUGUCAGCACGCUGCAUUUGUACGACUUGCAUUUGUCUCAGGCUGGCCAAAAUGUUUCUGCGUGCUGUACGAAUAACUGCAGCGAGCGUAAUCGCGGCGAAAGUAGAUGGGCGAGUGGAGAGGAGACGCCUUUACUUCAUCGCCCAUAA